AUGGCCGACAUCACCAUCCGCGAAUCGACGAACGCGAUCCCCAAGACCAAGCCGCCUCCAAAACUAUCAGCGAUCCGGGUCCCAUUUGUGUACAAUCCGAGCGACGAUGGGACGGACGAGAACUUGCUGAUCCUGCUGCACGGUCUCGGGGACACUCAGAUCCCGUUCGGCAAGCUGGGCGCGCAGCUGCACUUGCCUCAGACGGCGACGCUCGCGCUUCGCGCACCUCAACAAAUACCGUUUCUCUACGAAGAGGCCUACGAGUGGUAUACCUCCUUCGACCCCCUCGGCGAGCUCCUCGACCGGCCGAACCCGACGCCCGCGCUCGACCUCGUAGACAAGGUCGUUGAGCACCUCACCCGAGACUGCGCCUGGCCCGCAUCGCGCAUCCACUUCUUCGGCUUCGCCCAAGGCGGCUCCGUCGCCGCGGAGCUCGCGCUGCGGCACUGGCGCAGCGAGCUCUCGCGCCAGUCGAAGGCGCUCCCCUCCUCCUCAUCCUCCUCCGCCGUUGCUCCGCCGCCGCCUACUGCGCUUGGAUCUGUGGUCAGCAUCGGGGGCCCGCUGCUCUCGUAUCCCACCUUGUCGACGCUCUGCCCGACUCCGAUCCUGGUUUUCCAUCGGCCGGCGCCAUCGGAGUCUGCGCUGCCGUCAGGGGCACUCGCGGCGAUGAAGAAGGGAUUUUCGAGGGUGGAGGAGGUGCAGAAGCGUGGGGAGGGAAUGCCGCGCUCGAAAGAUGAGUUCGAGCCUAUCAUGAAGUUCUGGAGCGAACACCUCGGGAGGAGGCGGAUGGAGGGGUUGUAUGAAGUGAUGAGCGGGAUGGCGCCGCCGUAG